AUGCUUCCUACCAUUAUAAACUACAUUAUUAACCCCCUCGCCUUGAUUAUUCCCAUCCUCUUAGCCGUCGCACUACUAACUCUCCUAGAACGAAAAAUUAUUGGAUAUAUACAACUACGAAAAGGUCCCAACAUUGUUGGACCCUACGGCCUACUUCAACCCAUUGCUGACGGGCUAAAACUCUUUGUUAAAGAACCUAUCCUCCCCUCAACCUCAUCCCAAAUUCUAUUUAUCCUUUCCCCUAUGUUAGCCCUCACCCUCGCCCUUACCUUAUGAGCCCCCCUCCCCCUCCCUUCUCCAGCCGCCGACCUGAACCUAAACAUUCUGUUCAUCCUGGCUCUCUCCAGCCUCACCGUAUACUCACUUUUAGGUUCAGGCUGAGCAUCAAACUCAAAAUAUGCCCUCAUUGGAGCGCUACGAGCAGUAGCCCAAACUAUUUCAUAUGAAGUUACACUUGGCCUUCUCCUCCUAUGCAUUAUCAUUUUAUCUGGCGGAUUCAACCUUGAAACCUUCAACGUUACCCAAGAAAAUAUAUGACUAAUCCUCCCCUCCUGGCCUCUUGCUGCAAUAUGAUAUGUCUCCACCCUUGCAGAAACCAACCGAUCCCCAUUCGACCUGACAGAGGGCGAAUCUGAACUAGUCUCUGGCUUCAACGUAGAAUAUGCUGGGGGCCCCUUCGCCUUAUUUUUUCUGGCAGAAUACGCCAAUAUUCUCCUAAUAAAUACCCUCUCAGUCAUUCUUUUCCUUGGCUCCUCUAACACCCUCUUCUCUCCAGAACUAAUAACCACUAAUCUAAUAACCAAAACAGCCCUCCUCUCAAUCCUAUUCCUAUGAGUCCGAGCCUCAUACCCACGAUUUCGUUACGACCAACUUAUACACCUAACCUGAAAGAGUUUUCUCCCCCUUACCCUGGCCAUAGUAAUCUGACACUUAGCCCUCCCAAUUGCCCUCACUGGGCUUCCUCCCCAACUUUAG